AUGGCCUCAUCGAGGGAAUACUACGAGUAUCACCACCACCACCGCCAUCACCACCACCACGGCGCCAAGAAGCGCCUCUACCUCGAACCCCCGACCAACGGCUCCGUCACCGUCCGCACCAAGAAGACGACCUUCAUCCCGCCACCCCCGCGCGAAUGCACACCGCCGCCGCCGCCCGUCAUCGUCAAGCCCGCGCCACCUCCUCCCGUCGUCGUCGAACCCCCGCCGCCGCCGCCCCCGGCUCUGCCGUGCCCUCCCCCCUCCCCGCCUCCCCCUCCCGUCGCGGCCCCGGAGCCCGCGCCGAUAGAGGUCAUCGCCGUCGACGUCGAACCCUCGGUCCGGUCCAGCAAGUCCUCACGCCAUAGCCACAGCCGGAGUCGCUCGUCGCGCCGCGGCAGCCGGGACCGCGACCGCGAGCGCGACGUGCGCGAGGUCUACGUCGAGCGCGAGAAGCUGGUGCCCGUGAGGGUCCCCUACCCCGUCCCCGUCCCCGUCGAGCCGCGCUACGAGACGUUCCGCUACGUCGAGGGCAGGCGGUACAGCCCGCCGCGCAUGCUGCCGCCCCCGCCGCCCGCCGAGGAGGAGAGGAUGCGCGUCACCAUCUCGGACCGGAGGAGGGAGAGGGAGUACAACUACCGGCGGUGA